AAUUCCUGGCGCUGCAGGUCAACGCCAGGUCGAGGGGGGUAUAAAUACUAGGCAGGUCAACUUAUCACCAGCCAGUAUACUCUUCAGGCUCAAACAGGUUUGAAAGAAACCCUUCAUCAUGCCCGGCCAUAUUAAGCUGACCAAGACUGGUCAACCAGAUCCUGAUCCUUCAGAAUUCCUGGUUCCUUCCAUGGAAAUGAAGCGAUCUGAUAUGAACAAGGUUUACGAUACAAAGAGAUCCGUUUGGAUUCCUGAUCCUAAAUCUGGAGGAUUUAGGGAAGGAUUGUUAGAGUCUGGAGAUCUAGAUGAUCCUUCUAGUAAAUGCUUGGUAAGUGUAGGUCAUGAGAAAUUUACCCAUAAAUCAACUGAAGUUGGGAAGGUUAAUCCACCCAAGUUUGAGAAGGUUGAAGACAUGGUUAAUCUAACCUUUCUCAAUGAUGCAUCAGUCUUCUGGAAUCUGAAAACUCGUUAUCAAGCAAAGAUGAUUCAUACUUACUCUGGAUUGUUUGUGGUGGUUGUCAAUCCAUACAAGAGGUAUCCCAUCUACACUCAUCGGGUGGCAAAAGUGUAUCUUGGUAAGAGGAGGAAUGAGGUUCCACCUCAUUUGUGGUCUAUUGCAGAGACUGCUUAUCGUGGCAUGCUUACCACUACUAAAAAUCAAGCCAUGCUUAUCACUGGGGAGUCUGGAGCUGGAAAAACUGAAAAUACCAAGAAAGUUAUCACUUAUUUGGCAAUAGUUGCCUCAUCUGGAAAGAAAUCUGACAACAAGGUUUCUCUUGAAGACCAAAUUGUGGCAACAAACCCAAUUCUGGAGUCUUAUGGCAAUGCAAAGACAUCCAGGAAUGAUAACUCAUCAAGGUUUGGAAAGUUCAUAAGAAUCCACUUCAAUGCAUCUGGAAGAUUGGCUGGCUGUGACAUUGUAUCAUACUUACUGGAAAAAUCCAGAAUUACUGAACAACAAGAGGUAGAGCGUUCUUAUCAUAUAUUUUACCAGCUCCUUCAAGAGUUUGGAAAUGGAAUUGGAGAAGGACUGAAGAAUACAUGUCAUCUUAGUGAUGACAUUUAUGAUUAUGUGUAUGUCUCACAAGGUAAGACCAAGGUUGAAUCAAUUGAUGACAAUGAGGAAUUGGAAUUUACAAAUGAUGCUUUCAACGUUCUUGGAUUUUCUGAGACUGAGAAAUUUGGCUGUUUCAUGCUUACUGCAGCAGUCAUGACUUUUGGAGAGGUAAGGUUUGUUCAGAAGGGUCGAGAUGAACAGGCAGAGUGUCCUGAUAUCACUACAGGAUCCUUUGCUUUUAAGGCAGCAACUCUUUGUGGUGUUGAUGUGUCUGCUAUGAUCAAAGCCUUUUGUAAACCAAGAAUUAAAGUUGGAACUGAGUGGGUUACCAAAGGUCAAAAUGUGGAGCAGGCCACUAAUGCAGUAGGUGGAAUUGCUAGAGCAAUCUAUGAUAGACUUUUCAAGUGGCUGAUUGAAAAGUGUAAUGAGACCCUCAUUGACCCAACUAUGAAGAAAGUAAACUUUUGUGCUGUACUUGAUAUUGCAGGAUUUGAAAUAUUUGAUUACAAUGGAUUUGAACAAAUUUCCAUCAAUUUUGUCAAUGAAAAAUUACAGCAGUUUUUCAAUCAUCAUAUGUUUGUGGUUGAACAAGAGACCUAUAUUGGGGAAGGUAUUGAUUGGGAAAUGGUGGACUUUGGCCUGGAUCUUCAAGCAUGCAUUGUCAUGUUUGAAAAACCCAUGGGAUUAUGGGCAAUUCUUGAAGAAGAGUCAUUGUUCCCCAAAGCCACUGAUAAGUCCUUUGAGGAAAAGCUGAAAGCAUCUCUUGGAAAACUACCAAUCUUUCUGAAACCUCAGUCCAAAACUGACAAGCACGCUCAUUUUGCUCUUUCUCAUUAUGCUGGAAUAGUAUCAUAUAAUGUUACUGGCUGGUUGGAGAAAAACAAAGAUCCAGUAAAUGAUUCAGUUGUUGAGAUUCUUAAAUCAACCAGCUGCAAUGAUCUCAUUGUGCAUCUCUGGCUAGAUCAUCCAGGCCAGCCAACUGCUACGCCUAAGGAAGAAGGUAAGAAGAAAAAGAAAGGAUCUGGAGGAAAAACUGUUUCCUCUGUUUACCUGGUUUCCUUAACUGAACUAAUGACAACUCUCUACAACUGUGAACCCCACUUUGUACGCUGUCUAGUUCCUAAUACUCACAAGAAACCAGGAGAUGUUGAACCACCUCUUAUCAUGCAUCAGCUAACCUGUAACGGUGUAUUGGAAGGCAUUAGAAUUUGUAUGAGAGGUUUUCCAAACAGGAUUUACUACAAAGACUUCAAAUGGAGGUACUGGAUUUUAGCAAAAGCAGAGAUUGAAAGUUCAUCUGAGAACAAAACAGCAGUGUACGCCCUCAUGGAUAAGAUUAGUUUUAGUCGAGACACCUACCGGCUUGGGCACACUAUGGUGUUCUUUAGAGCUGGGGCAUUGGCUAAGCUUGAGGAAUAUCGCGAUGACAUUGUUAAUAAGCUUAUACGAAUGCUGCAGGGUCAGGCAAGAUUGAACAUCUUAAAACCAGACUUUUGCAAGAGAAGAGAUCGAAAAGAAUUAAUUAAGGUAUGCCAGAGGAAAUUCAGGCAAUACAUGCAAAUGAGAAACUGGGGAUGGUAUGUCAUAAUUCAGAAGACAAGAGCACUAAUUGGUUUACCAAAUCCAGAAGAAGAGCUGAGACAACUUGAAUUAAAGGCAAAAUCAACCUAUGAUGUUUACAUGGAGAAACUUGAAACCAAGACAAAAUUAGAGGCAGAGAACAAGAUUCUUGAAGAAGAGAACAAGGCAACCCUAAAACAAAUUGAUUCUGAGCAAGGAAAUAUGUCUCAGUACCAUGAGAAGCAAGCUCAAAUAUCUGCACAAAAAGCUGCCUUAGAAGAUGAACUUUCUCAGUCCCAAAGUAAACUUGCAGAACUUGAACAAGACAGAAGUUCAGCUGCAGCACAGAGAAAGCAAAAGGACACUGAGGUUGGACAGAUUAAAAGAGAAAUUCAAGAUCUAGAGAUGGUAAUCCUGAAGCUAGAGCAAGAUAAGAGUUCUAGAGAUCACACAAUAAGAGGUCUCAAUGACGAAAUUGCUGAUCAGGAUGAAGUUCUCAACCGGCUUAAUAAGGAAAAGAAACUUUUAGCUGAAAACAAUUCCAAAGCAGAAGAAGAUCAGAUCAAUGUUUCAGAUAAAUUGGACCAUUUGACCAAGCUAAAGACCAAACUUGAGAAUACACUGGAUGAGCUUGAAGGUGCAUAUGACAAAGAAAAGAGAAAUAGAGCAAAAAUAGAGAAGGAAAGACGUCAAGUUGAAGGUGACUUGAAACUUGCUCAACAAAAUGUGCUUGAAUUGGAAAGAUCAAGGAAAGAAUUUGAAGCAAUAAUUGCAAGAAAAGAAAAGGAGAUGAAUGGACUACACUCAAAGCUUGAUGAUGAGCAAGGUUUAAUGGGAAAGUCUCAGAAGUGUAUUAAAGAAUUACAAGGAAGAGUCGAAGAAAUGGAGGAGGAGCUAGAAGCUGAACGUCAAGCGAGAGCCAAAGCUGAACGCCAAAGAUCUGAUCUUGCCAGAGAAUUAGAGGAGUUAGGCCAAAGAUUAAGUGAAGCAGGAGGUGCAACAAGUGCUCAGAUUGAGCUCAAUAAGAAAAGGGAGUCUGAAUUAACAAAGCUAAGAAAGGAUUUAGAAGAAUGCAACAUUCAGCAAGAAUGCACAGUAGCUAGUCUGAAAAAGAGACAUCAGGAUGCAAUUGCAGAAAUGUUGGAACAGAUUGACCAACUUUCAAAAAUUAAAAACAGGGUGGAAAAGGAUAAGAUGCAGAUUCUUUCUGAGAUAACUGAUGUGCGUGCUGCUUUUGAAGAAAUAUCACGAUCUAAAUCUGCUGCUGAAAAAUCAAGCAAAAGUUUAACAAACACAUUGAAUGAUCUAAGUAAAAAAUGUGAAGAGGCUACUCUGAAUCUUGGGGAUUUUAACAAUUCUAAGAGAAAAAUGGCGGCUGAAAAUGCUGAUCUUUUAAGACAACUUCAAGAGUUAGAAAAUGUUGCUUUCAUGAACUCCAAGGUUAGGGAUUCUCUAAAUAUAGCUCUGGAGGAGCAAAAGCAUAUCUGUGAUGAAGAAUCUAAAGAGAGGAUUUCUCUCCUUUCUAAGUUUAGAAACUUGGAACAUGAAUAUGAUGGUCUAAGAGAACACUAUCAUGAAGAAUUGAUGAACAGAGAAAACUUGGAAGCUCAGGGUAAGAAAGCUAAUGUUGAAGUGGAAAUGUGGAAGCAAAAGUAUGAAAUUGAAGGCAUUCAAAAAGCAGAAGAGCUUGAAAUGUCCAAGCUUAAGCUUCAAGCCAGGCUUUCUGAAUCUCAGAACACUGUUGACAAUCUGCACAAUAAACAGGUUCAGCUUGAGAAGGCUAAAGCCAAGCUGGAAACUGAUAAAGAAGAGCUUUCAAGUCAGCUUGAUCAGGCACAGAUGUUACAUGCAACUAUGGAGAAAAGAGCAAAGCAGUUUGACAGAAUUGUUUCUGAAUGGAAGGGCAAGGUUUCUGGUCUCUCAUUGGAUCUUGAUGUUUCCCAGAAUGAAACAAGAAAUGCUUCGUCUGAACUCUUCCGUAUCAAGAGCGCAUAUGAUGAGUCUAUUUUGCAACUUGAUGAAGUUAGGAGAGAGAACAAGAACUUGUCCAACGAGAUUAAGGAUAUUAUGGACCAGAUAUCUGAAGGAGGAAGAUCUAUUCAUGAAAUUGAUAAAAUCAGGAGAAGACUAGAAUCAGAGAAGCUUGAACUUGAAUCUGCUUUAUCAGAAGCAGAAUCUGCACUUGAACAAGAAGAAAACAAGGUUCUCCGAGCCCAGCUUGAACUUACUCAAGUGCGCCAGGAGAUAGAACGAAGAUUGGCAGAAAAAGAUGAAGAAUUUCAGGGAACUAAGAAGCAGUUUGCUAAAGCUCUUGAAUCUAUGCAAGCAGCUCUUGAGAGUGAGUCAAAAUCCAAGGUUGAAGCUCUACGUAUAAAAAAGAAGCUUGAAGCUGAUGUAGGAGAUCUAGAAAACUCCCUGGAGCAUGCUAAUGCUGCCAAUAUGGAGAACCAAAAGAACAUCAAGAAAAUACAAGAUUAUAUUAGGAAGGCUCAGAUGCAGUUAGAGGAAGAGAGCAAGGCCAAAUCCGAAGCACAUGACGCUCUUCUUGCAGCAGUCAGACGCGCUCACGCACAUAGGAACGCGCUUGAAGAGGCUAGAACUCUUCUUGAACAAGCUGAUCGUGCUAGAAGAAUGCUUGAGAAUGAUUUGACUGAUUGUAAUGAAACUUUGGGCGCACAAACAGUAGAGAAUCAGUCUCUAACAGCAGCCAGGAGGAAAUGUGAGAUCGAAAUAGAAGCUCUUAACAAUGAUCUUGAUGAGAUGAACUCUGAGGCCCGGCUAUCUGAAGAAAAGGCCCGGAGUGCAAUGAUUGAUGCUGCAAGGCUUGCUGAUGAACUGAGAGCAGAGCAAGAGCUAGCUCAGGUGCUGGAGAGAGACAGGAAACUGGUGGAAGCUCAGGUGAAAGAUGCAGCUUGUAGACUGGAUGAAGCAGAACAUAGUUUCUUAAAGGGUGGGAAGAAGGCGAUGAAUAAGAUGGAGACAAGGAUUCAUGAACUGGAGGCAGAGCUGGACUCGGAGAACAGGAGGAUGAUGGAUGCAACCAAGAACCUGAAGAAGAGUGAGAGAAGGAUCCAGGAGCUGACCUACCAGCAGGAGGAGGACAGGAAGAAUCAUGAGAGGAUGCAGGGUCUGGUUGACCAGCUCCAGGGGAAAGUUAAAUCUUACAAGAAGCAGAUCGAAGAAGCUGAAGAGAUUGCAGCUCUAAACCUUGCCAAGUUUAGACAAGUUCAGGGAAACCUGCAGGAUAGCUCCGAGCAUGCUGAUCUGUCUGAGCAUGCAUUGGCAAAAAUUAAAGCUGCGGCUAGAGCCGGCUCCCUUGGACCUAACAUGUAAAUAAACUGAUGAAAUGAUAAAAUGAACUGAUCUGGUUCUGGUAAUCUGGUGCAGUGUAACUUUACCUUAUCUUAAACUAAUUAUCUCAUGUGGUUUGAAUAUCCCUGUAACACAAGUGUGUAACAAUGUUUCUUUUAAUCGUUAAAUUAAUCAAACAUACGUUUUAUUAAUAAUUAUCAAUAGUAAUGUAUGUACAAUGUUUCUAAUGAUCCUAAUAAAUGUAUUGCAAGUUAU